AUGAUGCUCAAUAACAAAUUAGUGUAUAUACUGAUAUUGUUUCUAAAUACCUUCACAAUAAUAGUGAAUGCACAGUUUUGUGCCAUUUAUGACAAUUGUGGAAAAAAAUCAUUGUUUGGUCAGGAUUUACCAUGUCCUAAAAAUGAAACAUUUAGUCCGGCUCCAGCUGAUAAGGAAGUUGUCGAAUUAUUGGCAUCUUUUUGCGGAGAAGAAUGGCUUGAUGAAGAAUAUUUAUGUUGUACCAAACCACAAGUGGAAAAAUUAAAAGAAAAUUUACAAAAAGCAGGUAAUAUAAUAGCUUCCUGUCCUGCCUGUUUAAAAAAUUUUAAAAAUUUGUUUUGUCACUUCACUUGCUCCCCUAACCAACGGGAAUUUGUUAACGUCACCAAGACACAACUAAGUUAUGAUAAAAAAGCUGAGCUUGUUGCUGAGUUAGAUGUUUUCAUGAAUGACACAUGGGCCUCGAUAUUUUAUGACUCAUGUAAAAAUGUAAAAUUUUCUGCAACUAAUGGAUAUGCUAUGGAUUUAAUUGGGGGCGGUGCUAAAAAUUACUCGCAAUUUUUGAAGUUUUUAGGGGAUGAAAAACCGUUAAUAGGUGGUUCGCCCUUUCAAAUAAAUUAUAUCUAUAACCUAUCCUCGAACGCUACCAAUAAAAAUUGUUUGUCUUCAUUUUCGUAUAGAAACUUUAACGAAACAACCCCUUUAAAUUGUGAUGAUCCAAAUUACAAAUGUACAUGUUCAGAUUGUGAAUCCAGUUGCCCAGAUUUUCAAAACGAUGCGCAAAAAAAUACGUGUAAUAUUGGGAAGUUACCUUGUUUUUCAUUUGGUGUGUUGAUAACAUACUUUGUUGCCUUUGUUUCAAUUGGUGUAUGGCACAUGUAUUAUUUCAAAAAGAAGAAACAACAAAAUUCGAUUUUGAGUAACGAAGAAGACCAAGCUCAAAACGAUACCUUGAAUACUAGAAUUGAAUCUUCUGAUAGCUUGUUUCAACAAUAUGCUUCCAGGAACGAGCAUGGCCCAAGUCUGUUGGUUUCCGAAUAUGUCGGCGAGGUUGCUAGAUUUUGCACUACUCAGGCUUCGUUAGUUUUAUCGGUUAGCGCUAUUAUUGUUUCCCUUUUAACUUUUUGUAUGUUUCAAUUUGGAGAACUUGAACUAAAUCCAGUUAAAUUAUGGGUAAGUGAAAGUUCUGAAAAAUAUAAGGAAAAACUUUACUUUGACGAAAAGUUUGGUCCAUUUUACAGAACUGAACAAAUAUUUGUAGUAAAUUCUUCAACUCAGGAUCAAGAUUCGAUUUUUACAGAUUAUUCCACUGUAUCUUGGUGGUUUGACGUUGAAAAAAAUAUCACAACGCUAUUAGGCGGGAACACUACGUACCAAGAUCUAUGUUUUAGACCCACUGAAGAUUCACCAUGUGUUUUAGAAUCAUUUACAGGAUACUUCAGUAAUAUUCUACCAUCAGAAAAUAGUUGGAAGUCAGAACUAAAAGCUUGCUCAAAUUCCCCUGUUACUUGUUUGCCACCAUUUCAACAACCGUUAAAGCCAUCACUUUUAUUCAGUAACGAUACAGAUGUGUUAGCCUCUAAGGCUUUUGUAGUUACAUUGUUAGUAGAUGAACAUUCUGCUCGUGCGAUUGAAUGGGAGGGGAAACUAGAAGAAUAUCUCUUAAAUUUGGAAAUACCAGACGAUAUUCGUAUAAGUUUCAACACUGAGAUGUCAUUAGAAAAAGAAUUGUCAGGAAAUAACGACAUUUCUGUUGUCAUCAUUUCUUAUUUGCUUAUGUUCUUAUAUGCCUCUUGGGCAUUGAAAACUAAGAAUAGCCCAACUAGAUUUAUGUUGGGUUUUGUUGGGAUUUUGAUCGUUUUAUUUUCUAUAACUUCCGCAGCGGGCAUACUGAGUUUGUUUGGAAUCAAAUCUACCCUUAUCAUAGCAGAAGUUAUCCCUUUUUUGAUUUUAGCGAUUGGUGUGGAUAAUAUUUUUUUGAUAAUUAAUGAAUAUGAGCGUAUAAACCCUACUCUACCACUUGAGAUUAGAAUAACGCAAGCUGUUAAAAAAAUUGCACCAUCGGUUGUUAUGUCGUUUAUAUGCCAAUUUUCAUGUUUUUUAAUUUCAAGCAUUGUUUCUAUGCCUGCAGUCAGAAAUUUUGCGUUAUACUCAGCAACAUCUUUACUUUUUAACAUCACGUUACAAUUAACAACCUUCAUUUCAAUCCUAACUGUUUAUGAGAAAUCUAAAACGUCAUCUAUUCGUUUAUAUGAUCAAGAUACACAGAAUGAAAGUUUGCUAGAGGGUAAAUUCUAUCAAUUUUAUAACACAUUUGUUUUGAAAAGAAGAGGUAUUAUUUUGGCUGUUUUUUUAACCUUUUCUUCGAUUAUGUUACUAUUUUUGCCAAAUAUUGAAUUGGGAUUAGACCAAAAAAUGGCUGUACCACAAGAUUCUUAUUUGGUACAAUACUUUAAAGAUUUGUAUGAUUAUUUGAAUGUUGGUCCGCCAGUUUAUUUUGUUGUCAAAGAUUUAAAUGUAACGGAGAGAAUAGAUCAACAAAAGUUAUGCGGUAGAUAUACAACUUGUAAUGAAAUGUCUUUAGCUAAUGUUCUUGAAGUGGAAAAUAAAUUAACAAGUAUCACUGAACCUGUUGCCAAUUGGCUAGAUGAUUUUUUCAUGUAUUUGAAUCCAGAGUUGGAUCAGUGUUGUAGUUAUAAGAAGGGUACGCACGAUGCUUGUCCACCAAGUUUCCCGCCAAGAAGGUGUGAGACUUGUUACAAAGAAGGCGAAUGGGAAUAUAACAUGAAUGGUUUCCCUGAAGGAGCCGAGUUCAUGGAGUAUUUCCAAAUGUGGAUUACUGCGCCAAGCGAACCCUGUCCCUUAGGAGGUAAGGCACCGUAUUCUAGAAGUGUCUUUUACAAUUCCUCAGACAUUAUAGCAUCGGUUUUCAGAACAGCCCAUUCUCCUUUGAGAUCACAGGAGGAUUUCAUAAACGCUUACAGGGAUUCCGAGAUAAUUACCUCCAAAUUGAAUAAAAAUAUGGACGUUUUUGCUUAUUCUCCAUUUUACAUUUUCUUUGUUCAAUACAGCUCUUUGGUUAAACUUACCAUGGGGCUAUUGGUUUUUGCUCUUUUUAUAAUCUAUGUCGUUUCCAAAAUUUUCAUUGGAUCCACCAAAAAUUCCUUAAUUUUGAUUUCCACCAUUUUAUUGAUAUUAAUUGAUAUAGGUGGUAUUAUGUCCAUUAAAAAAAUACCAUUAAAUGCUGUAAGUUUGGUGAAUUUAGUGAUUUGUGUUGGUAUUAGUGUUGAAUUCUGUGUUCAUAUAGUUCGUAAAUUUGCAUUUGUUGAAAGAGAAGUGGCUAUUGAUAAUAAUUCAAGAGUAUUAAACUGUAUGGUAACAGUUGGAAAGGCUGUUUUUUGGGGUAUCACAUUAACUAAAUUAAUAGGUGUUUUUGUAUUAGGAUUUGCUAAAUCCAAAAUUUUUCAAGUUUUCUAUUUCCGUAUGUGGUUUUCGUUGAUUGUAUUAUCUGCUCUUCAUUCAUUGAUUUUGUUGCCGGUAUUAUUGUCAAUGUAUGGAGGGAAAGAAUGCUUUAUAUCCGUACAAUAA